AUGUCGCAAUACACCACGACUCCGCGAGUUUUGGAAAGCACUAUAGACCGAACAUCUCAAAAUUUGUUAUAUGGUCAACCGGGGAACAUGUUGAUGGAGCCGGUCCAGCGCAUGCCAGCACCAAUGACAGAUGCUCCCCCUUUUGGCGAGACUAAUAUUAUACACCAAAUCAUUUGCGGCAAUCAGACUAUUAAAACAGAGAUACAAGCUAAGAUACAUAAGGGAUUCUUUCAGGUCGAUGAAAAGUGGACCUGUUAUCGGAGAAAUUACUUCUCUGUCUCAUGUUCUUUCUCGCUACACCCAUGGACUCAUACGCCUCUUUACCUCAAAUAUGACCAAGGAACCGAGCGUGUUACGCAGUUUGCCAUGUCCAUAUCAGCCAUUGUGAAUCAACAGUUUAGCGAAGCCCGCGAGCUAGUUCAACACACACCAAAGCGGGAUAAACAGUCAGAGAGGAAACCCGGGAAAGUUGUUUUACAGCCCUCUCAACCACCACCAUUGGUCCUUAGCCAUUCGUCUGGAUCUGGUGGCAGUCAGCAUACAUUUGGCCUAGCCUCUCAAUCAGUAGGGAUGUCUCUUGACUAUAACGGCUCAUACAACAGUCCUCCACAACCUUCGCAGCCUCCGACACAACAUACAUUUGAGCGCAUUCAGUUUCAAAAGGCCACGGCUAAUAAUGGGAAGCGUCGAGCACAGCAGCAAUACUACAACCUAGUUGUCGACCUUUACGCAGAAGUUGCAGAGUCCCAGUGGAUCAAAGUUGCUAGGAAGCUGUCACAUCCAAUGGUUGUGCGCGGCCGCUCCCCCGGUCAUUACAAAGAUGGCCGACGAGACAGCUCGACAAGCAUGGGUCCUGAUGGGGGAAGCGGUGGCUCAGGCGACGGCAGUGGAGGGGCUGUACUACACCCAGGCAUGGGAGCAGCUGCACGGUCUCACUUGGCCCUCAUGUCGUACGACUCUUCGCAGCGCGGUGGUCCACACUAUGGCCGGGCUGACUACAGCCAAAUAGCAACAACUGGCCAGUCCGCACUAAGUGGAAGCCCGCACAUCUCAUCGUCGUCAUCAUCGGCCUUCGAUAUAGGCGUCCUGAGUGAUUCCAUGGACCCUAUGGAUCCCGUUAAGAGCACGUCAGGCAUUGAUUCGUAUCAUGACUCCAGCUUUGGACUACUGGACGGCCGAAAACCUGAAAGUCAGUUUCGCCACCAACUGCGCCCUUUCGAGUAUGAGCCUGUCUCAAAACCUAGUGAGGAGUCCAGCACAACCUUUCAUGAGCCAUUCGAUCCGAUGAUAUCCAUGAUAUCAAACGGACAAGGCGAGUCUUCACACUACCUGAAGCACCCACCCAGGAUGACGUCUCAUAUGUACCAUCAUCCCACUACCAGCAGCAGCUAUGACCCCAUUUACUCAGCACGCUCCAAUAAUAGCAGUCAUUAUCCUCGAUUCCAGAGCUCCCAAAGCUUAUGUGCUUAG